AUGUAAUGAGCAAAAAAAUCACCCAUGGCUACACCGAGAAACUGUGUACUGCUACCAUGGCGGCCGAGUUGUUGGGUCGAGGAAACGAUGAGUUUGUGAAUGAAAAUUACCAGAAAGCACUGCAGCUCUACACAGAGGCCAUCACUGCUGAACCUGACAAGGAGGAGGCAUACUCUCACAGAUCUCAAGUCUACAUUAAGUUAGAACAGUUCAAGGAGGCAGAACAAGAUGCUGGAAAAGCCAUAGAAAUAAAUCCAAAGAACAGUAAAGCCUAUUUUAGGAAAGGGACUGCUUUAUUCCACCAGGAGAGGUAUGCUGCUGCGAAGGAAUGUCUCCAAAUUAGUUUAUCAUUAAAUACUGAGGACAAUAAUAUAAAAACACUUCUGCGAAAAUGUGAAGCAGAAAUAGACUUGUGCAAGUCAGGAGAAUCCCAGGGACAAUCACAGAUUUCUAUUGGUACAUCGUCAUUAAACACCUCACCAGAGGCUCCUAAGGACAGGGCUGGUCCUACUGUAACACCAUCCACCAACGCAUCACCUGUGAUCACCAUGCCGACAGGAUCACGGACAAGGUAUGACUGGUAUCAAACAGAGACAAUGGUGAUAAUCACCGUUAUGAUAAAGAAAGUUCAGAAGGAUGAUUGUCAAAUAGAAAUCGGCGAACAGUCAGUGAGUGUUUGUAUCAAACUACCCACAGGAAGUGACUACACCUUGGAACUUGAUCUCGCCCACAAAAUCAUACCAGACAAAUCCUUUUUUAAAAUCAUGUCUACUAAGGUUGAAAUAAAACUUAAAAAGGUAGAGGGAGUACGCUGGACAAUGCUGGAGGACGAUGGCACAUCGUCUCAAAACAUUAAACAUUCAGUUCCAAUGGAAACAAAUUCUGAGAGUGACCAUGCGAGCAAGUACCCGUCUUCCAGUCAUUACACGAGAAACUGGGACAAACUAGUUACAGACAUCACAAAGGAGGAGAAAGAUGAAAAGCCGGAAGGUGAUGCAGCACUUAACAACCUUUUCCAGAAAAUUUACGGGGAUGGAUCAGAUGAAACAAAGAAAGCAAUGAUGAAAUCCUUUUAUGAGUCUGGUGGAACAGUUCUUAGUACUAACUGGAAGGAGGUAGGUAAGGAAAAGGUGGAAGUUAAACCGCCAGAUGGUAUGGAAUACAAGAAGUGGGAGACAUAAGUUUACACAUCACCAGCACAACUUCUGCUUCACAGCUAUAAUGACCUGGAUAGCAGCAGCAAUUCAAUGCAAAUUCUUUAUUAUACAGUCAAGAAAACAAAGGUAUUUCAAAGAAAUACAUGAUACAGAUCUGAAACUGUAAUAAAAUAUGAAUGGUUGACAACGACUUGAAAUUAUUUUGAAUUCUCUUGCAUGGUGGAGCAUAUGUGGUUAAGUUACCAUUUAGACAACGGAGCCUUAUUAUUUUAUUAGCCCAUUAUCAUUUGUCCCGCUGUCCUUGGAUUGACAAAUUAUUUUUUUGAUAUGUAAAUGUGUUCCAGUAAUUCAACAUUCUCUUGACCCAAUAAUUAAAACUCGAAACAACAGGGGUGAAAUGUCACAUCAUACCUUCCAGGCUUUUCUGUCCCAGUCAUUACCGGUUUGCUGCUCUAUGUAUCAUAUACAACUGUAUGAAGUUCAUUAAAGUAUGAUUAAAAAUCA